AUGUCCGCACUACGUGUUUGUCCGCUUCAGCGAUUUGCUCAAGUGGACGUAGUGUCGGGUGUGCGUGCAGCAGUGGUGGCAUUGGUACCCUUCAUGACGGUCUCUGACAAGGACAUUUUGGCCAAGGUGGAGUCGGAACUCAAGUUCCACAUGGACGAGGCGAGGGUGCCUCAGGAUGUGCAGCUGCUGGUCUACAAGUGUGGAUAUGAUUCCAUGCGAAUUUUUGCGGGCUUAGACGAUACCAAGGAAGCGGUGCGAUCUGCGCUCAAGGAAGAGUUGCCGCUUGACUAUACAGCCAGCCCCGAAAAGAGGCCAAGCUUGGAACCCACACACGGCUCAUUCAAACCACUGAGCACGCCUCCUUGCGCUCCGCUAUUGAAGCAGUGCAUGGCGAUCUCUGUGACAAAGAAGUGCCAAGCAAAAUCCCUGAUUGCUCAAAAGCUGGAACAGGUAGAAGACAAUUGCCCGGAGCUGGAAGAUCUCCGGGAAGUCACAUCGGUAGCAGAUGCCGCCACCGAAGCCUAUGCUGCGGUGAUUGACCCUACAAGCAACACUUUGCGAUUCAAGCCUGGGAAGACCAUGACCACUCCCCCCAGCACGCCUGAGGAAUUGCGACUGGGGCAUCGCAGGUUGGGUCUGGCAUGGGAAAUGGCCCGCAGCCGCCACUGCUCGCGUGCUUGGCUGCCAGAGCGCUGCGUUGAUGCUUUCCGCAAGUUCUCUGACCAUAUCUUGGGAGCCAAGAUCGCCGGUCUGAAGACCCCUGACGGGCGUUCCCCGGCUUGGAGCAAUGUGCUCCUCUAUGAGGCUGAGGUGAGGAGACAUGCUUACGAAGCGGUGCGAAAAGGAGAUGCCAAGGACUUGGCUGUUGCUUUGCGCGAUGCUUGCAAAGCACCAGACGUUGUCAGCACUUACUUCAUCGUGCCCAUCACCAUGUCUGCAACAGCCCCUUCUAGCGGGCCAUUUAGCGUGGCAAGCCCUAUUAGGUCGCAUUUGCGGCCGGAGGGCGAGUUGACCCCAUGGAUAGUCCCCCUCCUGGAGGGGCGUGCUCCCUGGCGACUGGGUGUGCAAGCUCAGGGUGUGCUCCCUCCUCCGCCCGCCAAAACUGCGUGGCAAAGUCCCGACUCUGCAUCGCCUACGGGUGGGGCCAUGCCGUCGUGCAGCGUCGGGGAGUCAUCAGCAGAGGCGUCAUCCGACGAAGACGAGGAUGGGCUUCAAAAACCGCUGCUGGGGUCAGGCAUUUGGGGAUGCGGGCCUCCUAUGAGUCAGAAAAUUCUAGGAAAGAAGAAGCCCUUCACAGAUGGUCUAGGCUUGUGUUCACCGGGCCGCUGGGCCCCUAGCCGCAGGCAGAAUGCUAGGGACCGUCCCUGCUUAGGUUUUGCAGAGCAGUUGGGACAAGAAUUUUUGAAAUUGCUAGAGCGGAGCUUGGCCAUGCGGCAGAUUGCUAUGAAGCUGGCAGUGGGACAUGCGAGCGAGUCACCCUUCAACACCGAGCUGCUAGAAGAAGGAAGGGCCAUUCUUUUCUAUGCCCUUGAGCUUGCCGGCACCAAGCUGCCAGCCCCAAGGGUGCCUGCAGUGUUUGAAAGGAAGAUGCGCUGGAGGAGGUAUGAGGAAGAAGGUGCCGAGUGGGGCUUAGACAGGGAAAAUUAUUUGUCAGCAAAAACCCACGCCGCAGAGGUCCAGAGCCAGUUCCAAGAGGAAGAGAAGUUGGGAGCAAUGGUUGAAAUGGAUGUAUCAGAGGCGAAGGCAAGAUAUGGUAAUCGCUUGGCAGUUGCUUCCUUGGGCGCGAUAGAAAAGAAGAACGGCACCUAUCGGGUUGUGCAUGAUGGAACGCAUGGCAUCGGGAUUAAUCCGCGGAUCAAAGUUCGCGACCAGCUCAAGUCCCCGGGUGCAGGUGACGUCAGAGCAGUGCUGCAGGAGAUGCCUGGAUGUUUCUUUGCGCUGACGGGCGAUGUGGCCCGUGCGCAUCGGCUUGUGAAAGUAGCCGAGCAGGACUGGGGCCUGUUAGCUUGCCGGACCGCAGAAGGAGACAAGUUAUGGCUGAACAAGGUAGGCUCGUUUGGCAUCUCCAGCGCCGCCUACCACUGGUCGCGGCUGAUGAGCGGCCUGGGGAGGGCAGUUUAUUACACCCUGGGGAAGUCCGAGCUAUACUUGUUAGUCUACGUCGAUGAUCUUUUGUGGAUGGUUUGUGAAGCAAAAGGGCUGGAGCUGAUUGUGAUGAGCAUUUUUCUCUUGGAAGUUUUGGGUUUGCCUUUUGCGUGGAAAAAGUUCAAGGGUGGCAUUGACGUGGAAUGGGUCGGUUUUGAGCUAUGUCUGAAGGGGGCCAGACUGGGCUUGUCGGAGGUUCGUGCGCAGUGGUUGAUCGAGUGGUUGGCAACAACAGCACAGCGUGGCACAGUGAAAAUUGCGGAUCUUGCCUUUGUUCUGGGGCGGCUAUCAUUUGGGUUGACGGCACUGGGACACUUGAGGCCUUUCUUGGGACCCAUCUAUGCUUGGGUUGCCGCAAUGGGCAGCCUUGGGGAAUGUAAGGUCCCAAAGGCGCUGGUUUUGAUCUUCAGGUUUUUGGCGGCAGCAUUGGAAGGCUCUGGCAGGUUGGCUAAAGCUGGAAGCAAGUGUGGACACGUGCAAGAGCUCUUCCGCACAGAUGCAAAGGCCGAGGGCAAUCAGAUUUGGCUGGGGGGCUGGGCCUUAGAUCAUUCUGAUCCCAAGUAUUGCCGCUGGUUCUCUGAGCAGCUAAACCACAACAAUGCGCCUUGGUUAUUUGCCACCGGUGAAUGUUACAGGCAGAUCGCACCAUUAGAGUUGCUCGCAACAUUGGCUGCUGUUGUAACCUUUGGCAUCCCUGAAUGCGCUCGUGGGGGCAUAAGUUGCUCUGCGGGAACAGACAACCUGGGAAACAGUAUGGUCGUGGCGCGAUUGCUGACCACCAAAUUUCCUUUGGCUUGUUUCUUGAUGGAGUUAGCUUUGCAGCUACAGAGGCGGGAGGCGGACUUGGAGUUGUUCUGGCUGCCGCGGUUGCAAAACGAAGAAGCCGAUGCCUUGACGAACCAAUGUUAUACCGCCUUUGACCCAGUGAAGCGGUGCAGGUUCGAUGUGGCCAAAUUUGAAGGCAUUGUUCUGAUUCAGAUUUUGGCAGCAGGGCAAGAUCUUUAUGAAGAAAUAGGCCAAUGA